AGGGGCAGGGCGUAAAGAGUCCAACCCCUACAACGAAGCGGGAACUGAGGUCUCCGGACAGGGAAAAAUGUGGGGGGCUACUUGUAGGGACAAUAAAGGCCACCCUAAACUUUCAAAGGAAGAGUGGGUGGUAUUGGUGAAGGACCCGAACAUGGGUGAAUUCCCCUGGGAACUAAUGUGGAGAAGGGGUGGAGCCUAAAGAAUAUUUUGCAAAAGGGCGUGGUCGGAAGAAAAUUCUCCUGGGACUAAUUAUUUUAUGAAGAGGAACAUGAUGAGGUCCUCCACUUUUGCCUUGGUGCCUGUCUUUACCCAGCUGAGCAAUCUCCCCAGCUGCCUCCCAGCUCCUGGUGCAGCCCCUAUUACCAUCGGAGCCCAGCGACUGUGCCUCAGUCAUGUCACUCCUGGCGACCCUGGAGCUGGACAGGGCCCUGCUCCCAGCUAGCGGGCUGGGCUGGCUCGUAGACUAUGGAAAACUCCCCCUGGCCCCUGCCCCUCUGGGCCCCUAUGAAGUCUUUGGGGGAGCCCUGGAGGGCGGGCUUCCAGGGGGGGGAGAGCCCCUGGCAGGUGAUGGCUUCUCUGACUGGAUGACAGAGCGCGUUGACUUCACGGCCCUCCUCCCUCUGGAGUCCCCCCUGCCCUCAGGUGCCUUCCCCUCACCCUCCCCAGCCCCUCCUGACCUGGAAGCCAUGGCCUCCCUGCUCAAGAAGGAACUGGAGCAAAUGGAAGACUUCUUUCUGGAUGCCCCACUCCUCCCUCCACCCUCUCCUCCUCCCCCUCCUCCUCCUCCUCCACCACCACCACCACCACCCAUGGCCUCCUUGCCCCUGCCCUUGCCUACCUUUGACUUCCCCCAGCCCCCUGCCCUGGACCUGGACCUGCUAGCUAUCUACUGUCGUAGUGAGCCUGGGCCAGUAGAUACAGGCUUGGCACCUUUGCCCGCCCCACAGCAGCCCCAGCAGCUCUCUGCUCCUCCACCUCCACCCUCCCGCCCAGGCCCCUACCCCAGUCCUGCCACUGUCCGAGGGGACCGCAAGCAAAAGAAGAGAGACCAGAAUAAAUCUGCAGCUCUGAGGUACCGCCAGAGGAAGAGGGCAGAGGGCGAGGCCCUGGAGGGCGAGUGCCAGGGGCUGGAGGCACGGAAUCGGGAGCUGAGGGAGAGGGCUGAGUCAGUGGAGCGGGAGAUUCAGUAUGUGAAGGACCUGCUCAUUGAGGUGUACAAGGCCCGCAGCCAGAGGACCCGCAGCAGCUAAGGGUCAGGGAACAGGUCCUGAGGGGGCUCCUCAUGUUCUAGGCUGUUGGCAGGAUUGUGGAGGCAAGACCCCUUUGUCCCUCUGCCUCCAUUCACUCUGUUCAGUCUUAUCUUUUAUCCAUUUCUGGAUUUAUCCCCCACUCCUCAUUGUGAGAUGUUUGGCCUUUGUAUCUUCACCUGUUCAAUGCAGCUGAGGAACUGAGGCACUCAAGGAAUUCAGAGAGCAAGCCAAAGCCCUGGUGCCUGGAAUCUAAAAUGAGUGUUUCUUGCAGGUGGUUCUAGUUGGCCCACUAGGCCCGGCUGAGAAGUGAGGCAGGAAGCCCUGCAGGAUGACUGUACCCAUGGAAACAUUAGUCAGGGAGGGUUUAAAGGAAGGCACCCAUAGAAUACAAAUGAGAAGCCAGCCAAGGGUCCUUGGGAACAUGUACCCAGGGAGGGAGCUGAAUGUGCAACAAGUGGAUAUGCAGGCCAAGGGGGAGGAAAGGGUGGCUAUAGUUGGUGACUAGAGGGUCAUUUUAGCUCUGGGAGAGAAUCAGUGUUUUGUGAAGGUGUUGGGGGAGGGGUGCAUUGUGGUGAGGGGGCUGAUCUUUCAGGGAUUGUGGGCAGAAAUAAAAUGCAGAAUUGCCUGUG